AUGGCAACACGCGUUGGUGGCGGUAAGGGAAUUGGAGGCAAUAGACAAAGCAUUGCUCCAACACCUGGAGGAACUGCUAUGAAGUCACGCCAGCUUACACAGCUUCACUCUCAACUGGCACAGCUGUCAGCCAAUCUUUCUGAUACAGAAAAUCUAUUACGCAUGACGAGUGUUCAGGCUGAGGCUAUGCGCGGACUGGGUACCUGGCAUGGUGCUCUUUUUAUGGCUGCGAGUAAAGUACUAGGAGAAGAGAGCAUUAAAGACAACGGAAGGUGA